AUGAAGAAACUGAAUUACAACCCAAGUAAUGCUGAUCACACAUUAUUUUUUAAACACUCUUCUUUAGGGGGAGUUAUAGUUCUAUUAGUUUAUGUUGAUGAUAUUAUCAUCACAGGAAAUGAUGAAGGGGAGAUCAAAAACUUGAGCAAUUGUUUGGCCCAAGAGUUUGAUGUCAAGACUUUGGGACGACUCAAGUAUUUUUUAGGAAUCAAAGUGGCACAUUCUUCUAAAGGCAUUUUUAUUUCUCAAAGAAAGUACAUAACAGAUUUGUUAACUGAAACAGGGAAAUCUGUGUGUAAACCAGCCAAGAAACCUAUUGAUCCAAAUCAGAAAUUGUGUAUGACAAAUGAAGAAAUUUCUAUUGACCGUGAGAUGUAUCAACGUCUCAUUGGCCGACUACUUUAUCUAACACACACCCGACCGGAUAUCUCAUAUGUAGUGAGUAUAUUGAGUCAAUUUAUGCAUCAACCUAAAGAGUGUCAUUUACAUGCUGCCUACUGA